UUUCACGUUUUGUCGUCGCGUACGGAUCGGUGUUUGGUCGGUUAUUUGCCUAUAGCAAACAGAACUUGUUUUGUAAAGUUUCUCUUCUGUGUUCAAUUGACUCUUAAAGGUAGUGAACAUUGUGUUGUCUAUUGUCACUGGUACAAGUGCAGUGUUUUGGAGUCAAGUUUAAGAUGAUUUCCAAACUGUUGGUCCUUUCCUGCCUAAUAGCGGCGGUAAUUUGCGAGUCGAAGCCGAAGGUCGACGUGAUCAGUGUACCCGAAGGAUGCACCAACAAAAGCAAAAACGGUGACAUGCUGACGAUGCACUACACCGGAAAACUCACCGAUGGCACCAAAUUCGAUUCAAGCUUCGACCGCGACCAGCCGUUCACAUUCCAGCUGGGAGCCGGACAAGUAAUCAAAGGAUGGGAUCAGGGAUUAACGGACAUGUGCGUUGGCGAGAAGCGCAAGUUGACCAUUCCUCCGGAACUCGGCUACGGCGAGAGGGGAGCCGGAAAUGUUAUCCCCGGUGGGGCCACACUGGUCUUUGACGUUGAGUUGAUCAACAUUGGCGAUUCUCCUCCAACCACCAACGUGUUCAAGGAGAUCGACGAGAACAAGGACAUGCAGCUGAGCCGUGAGGAGGUCAGUGACUACCUCAAGAAGCAGAUGGUGGCGGCCGACGGAGGCCAGGAGUCCGAGGACAUCAAGAACAUGAUCGCCGAACAUGACAAGCUGGUGGAAGAAAUCUUCCAGCACGAAGACAAGGACAAGAAUGGGUUCAUCUCACACGAUGAAUUCUCCGGUCCCAAGCACGACGAGCUGUAAAGGUGUUCACGGUCGUAUCAACAACAUCACCACUCUUUUUUUAUUAUCUCGGGGCUCGCCCCCAAGAAUGUUAAUUGAGAUGACUCCCCCACAGGGAAAAAGGAAAACUCAGAGUUUUUAUUUUCGAAGAGAACCGCUGCAAUAACACACCGCUCUGUUGUUAGAUUUUAUUCUUAUUCGUUCCCCUGCCGUUGUCGUUAUGGAACUUAAUUUUUAUGCGUACGAAGAGUAGAUUAUUUAUUUGUUUACGUGGAACUACAUUUGCAAAUAAUUACUAGGUAGAAAGUAGUGUACAAGUUUACGUAAUUCCGUUAGUAGAAAAAAAAAACAGAAAACAAAAAGUGUGUUUGUCACACAAGACUAAAAGAACUCCGUUUUCGUCUGUGUACAUACGUUAAAAAUGUGUAGGCAAUGAAUAAAUAAAAAAUGAUUUUGUUUUGAAUCCGUUCAAAGUAGGAAAUUGAUUUGUUGAAUCGCAUUAGGGAAAAACACAGGUUAGAUAUGUAAAUGUCACAAAAAUCGUAUUUGUUUCGAUUCCGACAAAGUGCAACGUAAACACACACGAGACAUAUCACACAAAGAAUGAAAAAUAAAGACUUUUUAUAUAGACAUGAG